CUAAAGCGAUCAGUUUACUCGAAAGACUCCGAUGAAUCAGACGCUGUCCGUCUUGUGCGUUUCAACAAACAACAACUUUUUUAUUUUUUCUUGAUUAACAUUUUAAAACUGAGAAUUUAAAAUAAACAUUGGAGAGUUAAAUGAUCGACCAAAUUGAAUUUCAUUACCAUUUUUGAAACCAUGUUAAGAAAAACAUAAAUAAAAAUAAGCAACUGAGUGUAUUGACAUUUUUGAACGGUUUGCUGUGCAAUCAAGUAAAAUAAAACAACCAGCAUUCAAGUGGAUUGUGAAAUUCUGAAUUUCUUCGCAUACAGUCUAUGUUAUAAAAAAUAGCAAGAGUAACACUUCAGUCUUCGGCUCAAUUCAAUUCAUCAAAGCAAUAAUCAAUAUAUUUUCUGUGUUUACACAUUUUUUUUGCUAUUUUUCAUUCAAACGGUAUCGUAUCUCAUUUGCAAUGUCUACUCAUUGGGGCUAUCACUCACAUAAUGGACCAGAAAAAUGGCCAGAACUUUUUCCUAUGGCCUCUGGACAUAGACAAUCUCCGGUCAACAUUAAUCGAGAAAGAACCACUCGUGGAUCGACUCUUAGCUCCAAGUUAACUUGGAGCUAUGUCCCAGCAAAUACAAAGAGCCUCGUUAAUCCUGGCUACUGUUGGAGAGUCGACGUGAAUGGUGAAGGGUCUAGAUUAAGCGGAGGACCAUUGCAUACCGAUGUUUUUCAACUUGAACAAUUUCAUUGUCACUGGGGCUGCUCUGAUGGCAAAGGAUCUGAACACACUGUUGAUGGAGUUUCUUACUCAGGGGAACUACACUUGGUGCAUUGGAAUCAAACUAAAUACCCAACUUUCAACGAGGCUGCAAAGCAUCCAGACGGUCUAGCUGUUCUGGGCGCAUUCUUGAAGAUUGGUAAACAUCAUGAUGAAUUGCACAAAAUUACCAAACUUUUGCCAUUUGUUAUGCAUAAAGGCGAUCGCGUAACACUUACUGAGCCAUGCGAUCCGGCAAAAUUACUACCAGAAAAUAAGGCCUUUUGGACAUAUUUGGGUUCGCUGACGACGCCACCAUUUUCAGAAUCUGUAAUUUGGAUGGUUAUGAAGGAACCGAUCGAAAUUUCUCACAAACAAAUUGAAUUGAUGCGCAACCUGCGAUGCUACGAUGUGAAUGAUGAAUGUCCUUGUGACGAGAUUUUGGGCAAAGUGGUUAACAACUAUCGACCACCAUUGCCUUUGGGAAACAGAGAACUUCGCGAAUAUGGACAUCACUGAAAUGACUGUUUGAAUUCCAAUUUUUAUGCUUCAAUCCAACUCGAAGCUGCACAAAAACACAUUUAACACAUAUUUGCAUAACAAAUAAAGCACAUAACAAUAAAAAACACACACAAUUUAGAUAUACAGUAUAUAAAAGGCGGCAAAUUUUCCUUUUCGUGUGAGAAUAUAAAGAUAAACCAAACAGUUGCCUAAUAAAUAAUAUUUUAUUCUCAUUUGAAUUCAAAUUUAGUCUAAUGUUGUUGUGCAUAAAAUUUGCAACUCACUUUACAUUGCUUACAACAAAUAUGCAAUAAGCGGACAAUACAGAUCGCAAUUCAUUUUGAAACAGCAAAUAAGGGUUUCAAUCCGUAUGAAAUCGAUAAAGUAUCACACAAGGCUUUUUAAUAGAUAUAGUUUAAUUAUUGAAUAAUCCAGAUUGUGCCUAAUGCAUUUUAUAAGAAAAAUUUACAAUAGAUCUGAUGAACAGAAAAAGAAAUAUCAACAAUUUUAAUAAUGAGUUUGAAAUUCAAUUCAAAAAAAUCAAUCUUAGUUUUUAUCAAAUGAUUUUUUUUCUUCUUGAAAACAGACAAAGAUAAAUGUUUUUGUGAAAGCAAAUGUCCAUUUGAACAAAGAACUAAAUAAAAGAUUGACAUUUGAACAAAAUUACUAGCACGUAACGCACAGGGUUGUUCAGAAAAAGUUUUGGUUUCAAUUGAUAUUGUUUUUUUUCUCUAGAAAAAACGUAAAUUUUUCAUUUGAUUUGAUUUCAUUUUGAAUCAUACAUUCAAAAAUUAUACAUAUUAUUAACGUAGACAACUGUGAUGUUGAUUUUCGGAAUAAAAAUAUAGCUAACGAUA